AGGGCAUCGCUCCAUGUUGCGGCGCUGCGUGGCACUGGGCACUGACUGUCUCUGACUGCUCCACACGCACACAUACACGCAGACACGCAUGACUUUAGUUGUGAAUGGCCCAGACGCUUGACACGCUGGGUGGGCGAGAAGCGGCUCUGCUACCUGCUGCAGACCGAGCUUGCGCCGGGAGCACCCAGGGGUGUCGCUACUGUGACUGCACCCUGCGUUUGGACUGAAUGUGGCCGCUUUGAUCGGUGCAGUUAUUUUCGGAGUCACUCUCUGUAAGCUAUUUCGGAGCGACUGGAAACGCGCAGACUGGUAAUUUGGAGUGAGGAGCCGCACGGAGCGCUGCAGUAGCAGCACCAGCAGGCAGACAGGGAACCGGAGCAACAGCAGCAGCAGAGAAGAAACGACUGUGAUGCCAAAGCUGGUCAGAAAAACAAAGGUUCAAGUCUAGAAAAGAGAGCUGCUGGGUGUCCCCUCUGGAGAGGGUUUGGGACUGUGGUUCAGCCCAGCGAAAUGUAGCGCCUCGCUGCCCUCAAAGCCGGAUUUGUUGUCUGCUCAUGAUUCUUCUGUAGUCGAGUCCAGGGCAUCUGCUGCAGUCAUGUUUAGAAACAGCUUGAAGAUGCUGCUGACGGGGGGGAAGGCAAAUCGCAAGAGUCGCAGCAGUGAUGGUGGGAGCGAGGACUUGGCAGACCCCCGCUCGCCCAGUCUAGACCCUCACCUGAGCCACAUCGGCCAAGGUGGCAGCAUAGACAGCGACUGUGCCUUUGAAGGAGACUACGCCGUGCCCCCGCUUUCAAUGACUGAGGGCAUGCAGCAUAUUCGCAUAAUGGAGGGCGUGUCACGCUCUCUGCCCUCCUCCCCGCUGCUCACCCAUCAGACCAUCAGUGUCAGGCUGCAGCCAAUGAAGAAGCUCACAGCCCCUCUGCGGAAAGCAAAGUUUGUGGAGAGCCCUCGCAUUCCACAAUCAGAGCUUGGCUCCCCUACACACACCUCCACCACUGCCAAGAAUCCAGACCUGGACACAUACUGCCCUGGGGAGUCAAGCCAGGAGCUGGGCCCCCCUCCGUCCGUGGAUGAGGCAGCCAACACAUUGAUGACGCGCCUGGGUUUCCUUCUCGGAGACAAACUGAGCGAGGGGCCAGCCGGUACCCAGUACAGCAUGGAGGAACCCGAGGCGAGACAGGGCCAGAACCAGAGGAUCAGCCCGUGUUCCACCCUGACCAGCAGCACUGCCUCCCCACCUGCAGGCAGCCCCUGCUCAACCCUCCCCCCUGCCAUGCCCGGCCAGGCUGGCAACAGGGACUGCGCCUACGGUUCUGUCACUAGUCCCACCUCGACACUGGAGAGCAGGGACAGCGGGAUUAUCGCAACUCUGACCAGCUAUUCGGAGAACAUGGAGCGAGGCAGCAAAUACGGCGAGGGUUCGCGGGGAAACCUGAAACUGUGGCAGUCUCAGAAAUCAGGCAUGGACUCGUUCCUAUACAGGGUGGAUGAAAACAUGACCGCGUCCACCUACAGCCUGAACAAAAUCCCUGAGCGCAACCUGGAGAGCAUGUCCUCCCAUUCUGCCCACUCCAUCCCUCUGUACCUCAUGCCCCGCCCUAAUUCUGUGGCUGCUACCAGUUCGGCCCACCUGGAGGAUCUAGCAUACCUGGAUGAGCAGAGACACACUCCAUUACGCACCUCGCUGCGCAUGCCCAGACAGAGCACCACCUGCGGGCCGGGUCGCUCCGGGCAGGAUCUGAGAGCUUCUGCAAAUAGCGCCCAUGCCUGGCAAUCGCAGUCACUGCGUUUUGCUCCCUAUCGGCCUCAAGACAUCGCCCUCAAACCUCUGCUGUUUGAGGUGCCCAGCAUCACCAUGGACUCGGUCUUCACCGGCCGCGAAUGGCUCUUCCAAGAGAUCGACGCCCACCUCAACAACCCCAACGUCAGCACCAACCAGGGCGUGGUGAUAGUAGGCAACAUCGGCUUCGGCAAGACGGCGAUUAUCUCUCGCUUGGUGGCGCUCAGCUGCCACGGCACCCGUAUGAGACAGAUUGCUUCAGACAGCCCCCAGGCCUCACCCAAACAUGGAGAGGGGCUUCCUCUUACCCAACCCCAGCCUACGCAUGGCACCCUCGGAGGAGGCAGCUGUCCCGGGACCCCAGAGAUGAGGCGACGUCAGGAGGAAGCCAUGAGGAGGCUGGCAUCUCAGGUGGUGGCAUACCACUACUGCCAGGCAGAUAACGCCUACACUUGCCUGGUGCCAGAAUUUGUGCACAACGUUGCGGCUCUCCUGUGCCGCUCACCGCACCUAGUCGCCUACAGGGAGCAGCUGCUUAGGGAGCCACACCUGCAGAGCAUCUUGAGUCUGCGGUCCUGCGUCCAGGACCCCCUGGCCUCCUUUAGGAGAGGGGUCCUGGAGCCCCUGGAUGCACUUUACAAAGAGAGGAAGAUCAACUCUGAGGAGGAUCUCAUUAUCCUUAUUGACGGCCUCAACGAGGCUGAGUUCCACAAACCAGACUACGGAGACACCAUUGUCUCCUUCCUCACCAAAACCAUCAACAAAUUCCCUCCCUGGCUCAAACUGGUGGUCACAGUCAGGACCACGCUACAGGAGAUCACCAACGCACUGCCUUUUCACCGAAUCUCUCUGGACAGCCUGGAGGACAAUGACGCCAUAGACCAGGACCUGCAGGGCUACAUCCUGCACCGCAUCCACAGCAGCCCGGAGAUCCAGAACAACAUCUCGCUCAAUGGCAAGAUGGACAACACCACCUUCGGCAAGCUCAGCGCCCACCUCAAAGCCCUGAGCCAGGGAUCCUACCUGUACCUCAAACUCACCUUUGACCUCAUUGAGAAGGGCUACCUUGUCCUCAAAAGCUCCAGCUAUAAGGUGGUUCCAGUCAACCUGGCAGAGGUAUACCUGCUGCAGUGCAACAUGCGCUUCCCCACACAGUCAUCGUUUGAACGGGCGCUUCCUCUGCUCAACGUGGCCGUGGCCUCGCUUCACCCGCUGAAUGAUGAGCAGAUAUAUCAGGCCAUUAAUGCUGGUUCACUGCAGGGCACCCUGGACUGGGAGGAUUUCCAGCAGCGUGUAGAUAACCUGUCGGUCUUCCUUGUGAAGAGGAGGGAUGGCACCAGGAUGUUUGUUCACCCCUCCUUCAGAGAGUGGCUGAUCUGGAGAGAAGAAGGGGAAAAAACAAAAUUCCUCUGCGACCCUAGGAGUGGGCACACCCUUCUGGCCUUCUGGUUCUCUCGGCAGGAGAACAAGCUGAACAGGCAGCAGACGAUUGAGCUGGGCCAUCACAUCCUCAAAGCACAUAUCUUCAAGGGUCUCAGCAAGAAAGUCGGAGUUUCCUCAUCCAUCUUGCAAGGCCUGUGGGUAUCCUACAGCACAGAGGGUCUCUCAGCUGCUCUUUCUUCACUCCGAAACCUCUACACUCCAAACAUCAAGGUGAGCCGGCUGCUGAUGCUGGGCGGCGCCAAUGUGAACUACCGCACAGAGGUGCUGAACAACGCCCCCAUCCUCUGUGUCCACUCCCAUUUGGGCUACAUGGACAUGGUGGCUUUGCUGCUAGAGUUUGGCGCUUCUGUUGACGCACAGUCUGAAAGCGGCCUAACGCCGCUGGGCUACGCUGCUGCUGGCGGGCACAUGACAAUUGUGACUGCACUCUGCCGCAGGAGAGCGAAGGUGGACCACUUGGAUAAGAAUGGUCAGUGCGCCCUGGUUCACGCAGCCCUGAGGGGCCACAUGGAGGUCGUGAAAUAUCUUAUCCAGUGUGACUGGAGUAUGGGGUCGCAACAGCAACAGCAGUCACCGCAGACUCAACAACAGUCGACCUUCACCAAGAGUCACGCAGUCCAGCAGGCUCUCAUCGCUGCAGCCAGUAUGGGAUACACAGAGAUCGUGUCUUACCUGCUGGACCUGCCAGAGAAAGAUGAAGAGGAGGUGGAGCGGGCUCAGAUCAAUAACUUUGACACCCUGUGGGGAGAGACAGCUCUAACAGCAGCCUCUGGUCGUGGGAAGCUGGAGGUUUGCCGUCUGUUACUGGAGCAGGGUGCAGCUGUGGCUCAGCCCAACAGGCGAGGCAUCGUCCCACUGUUCAGCGCCGUCCGGCAGGGACACUGGCAGAUUGUGGACCUUUUACUUACACAUGGAGCAGAUGUGAACCUGGCUGACAAGCAGGGUCGUACGCCUCUGAUGAUGGCUGCCUCAGAAGGACACCUGGGAACUGUUGAGUUUUUACUAGCUCAAGGAGCCUCCCUGUCUUUGAUGGAUAAGGAGGGUCUAACUGCUCUGAGCUGGGCAUGUCUGAAAGGCCAUUUACCUGUUGUCCGCUGCCUGGUGGAGAGCGGAGCCGCCACUGACCACGCGGACAAGAACGGACGCACGCCCCUCGACCUGGCUGCCUUCUACGGCGACUCUGAAGUGGUCCAGUUCUUGGUGGACCAUGGGGCCAUGAUAGAGCACGUAGACUACAGCGGGAUGCGUCCUCUGGACAGAGCGGUGGGCUGCAGAAACACGUCCGUGGUAGUCGCCCUGCUAAAGAAAGGAGCCAAGAUAGGUCCAGCCACGUGGGCUAUGGCCACCUCCAAACCCGACAUCAUGAUCAUCUUACUCAGCAAACUCAUCGAGGAAGGAGACAGUUUCUACAAGAAGGGGAAGGUGAAGGAGGCUGCGCAGCGUUAUCAGUACGCUCUCAAAAAGUUUCCACGCGAAGGCUUCAGCGAGGACCUUAAGACAUUCAGGGAACUUAAAGUAUCGCUCUUCCUCAACCUGUCCCGAUGUCGAAGGAAAAUGAACGACUUUGGGAUGGCUGAGGAAUUUGCUACUAAAGCGCUCGAACUGAAACCAAAAUCUUAUGAGGCGUACUACGCCAGGGCACGCGCCAAGCGUAGCAGCAGACAAUUUCCUGAAGCCUUAGAGGACCUGAAUGAAGCCAUAAAGCAGUGCCCCAAUAACAGAGAAAUCCAGCGGCUGCUCCAGAGGGUGGAAGAAGAAUGCCACCAGCUUAACCAGGAGGAGCACCAGCAGCAGGACCUGGAGCUGGAGCCUCCUCCCUCACCCCCUCCUACACCUCCCCCAGAAGAGGAGGAGUCCCUGUCUCUGUCCAUGCCUCUCCCCCCUCCACCAGAGCCCCGUCUGGAAGACAUGGAGCCCGUACAGGACUUGUUUGAGGAUGAGGACUACCUGGAGCAGGAGCUGGAAGCCAUGUCGAUGGGUCUGCCCCCACCCGAGUCCCUCACAAAUCCCUCCAGCCUUCCUAUAAUUCAGAGUCCACCCCUCUCCCCCACACAUCCAGAUCAGAUUUACUUGGCUGGAGGCUCACCUAUGGGCCAGCCCUAUGAAUACCACCCCACCUCUUCCUCCAUGUCCUCCCCAACUCGGGGCUCCUACCAGCCCACGUCGCCCUCCCUCUCUCCAACACAUCAGAACUCCCAUUACAGACACAGUCCCCCUCACACCUCCCCAGUGCACCAGCCAUCCUACCGCUUCAGCCCACCUCCUAUGGGUACCGGGGGUCAGGGGAUGGAUCACCAGAGCCCACCGCCUUCCCCUUUACGUCGGGCUGCUCAGUAUAGAGCCAGUCCACCGUUAGAAAGUGUUUGUCUAUACAGGUCUCAGUCUGGGUCACCUGUGCGCUAUCAGACAGAGCAGCUUCCUGGAAGACCCAAAUCUCCCCUCUCCAAGAUGAGCAGCCAGCGUUCUUUCCAGCUGAGUUCGCAGCCCUCUUUAUCCUCCCAACACCACCAAGCCCAAGGCCUCCGUCUGCAGCCUUCCAUAGCCCAAAUAGUCCGCACAAACCAGCCCAGCAACGUAAUGGGAAAUAGUAGUUAUGGUGGCCAGAUGGGCCACUCCAUGGGUGGUCGCUACCAAGGGGGUUCAGUGGACGUAGAGAGCCGCUUGGUGUACCAGCCCUCACUGGAUGGACGGUCAAUGUCCCAAGUCCAGGCCAGCCUCAGUUCUGGGGCCCUCUGUCAGCACGGCGGCCGAGGAGGGGUUAUGGAGUCGAGCCUGUUGAAGGAUGAGCUACCCCAGCGCCCCUCCUCUGCCUACCGCGCCAGCAGUGGAGGCCCGGGGGGCAUCCGUUACAGCCAGACACCUCAGAUAAGCCGCAGCCAGUCAGCCGCCUACUACCCAGUCUCUGAACACGUUCUUGAGCGUGCCAAUGCCAUGCCCCCCUGCCAGCUGGGCUCUCCCGAGAUCCCCCAUAUGGUUAGACGCCCUGUGAGUGCCAAUACUACUGAAAUGAAACAGCAUGUGCCCACCCCUAGGCCUCUCAUCCAUUCUCAGAGUGUAGGCCUUCGAUUCUCACCUUCCAGCAACAACAUCUCAACUGGAUCCACCUCGAAUUUAGCGCCAGGUUUCAGGCCUUCCUCUUCCAUUCAGCAGAUGGAGAUUCCCUUACAAGCCACAUACGAGCGCACCUGUGAUGACAUCUCUCCCAUCUCUCCCUCCCAGGGUGGUGGGGGGUUGUAUCAGGGAGAGACCACUCGCUCCCGCAAUACGCCUUUUAUGGGGAUCAUAGACAAGACGGCUCGGACUCAGCAGUACCUGCAUCAGCCCUCACGGUCCAGGGCAAUGACAUCUAUGGACUCUGCCAUCAGCCCCACCUCCCCCGGUCAGCUGGUCCAGCAAGGCUCCACCUACAGUCCCCCCGCCUCACUGGGUAAUAUCGCCUACUACAACAAGACCAACAACGCCCAAAACGGACACCUGUUGGAAGAGGACUACUACUCCCAGACUCAGCCCCCCUCUCUGGGAAAGCUGGCCAAUGGCUCCCGUGGCAGUGGGGACAUCCUGGAACGGGUCAGCCAGGUGCCCACCUACCCAGACGUGAAGGUGGCGAGGACUCUGCCCGUGGCACAGGCCUACCAGGACAACAUGUACCGACAGCUCUCGCGUGACUCCCGGACCCAAGGCCCCACCUCCCCCAUCAAACCAAAGAGACCAUUUGUGGAGUCGAAUGUGUGAUGGCCUGUCUGUGAUUGGAUGGUUGGACUGGGCUUGUUAGUGGAACUGAGAGAGUAAAAAAUAUUUAGCUCGACAGAAGAUGUGACGGGGUGCGUGUGUGUCAUGGACGAACUCAUCUCAACGAACUCACUAGAGACAGAAAACCACAAAGCCAACAAACACACUUUAGGGUAUUAGACAUUAUCUUAUAUGAAAAACAUAACGGUGAGAAGUGAUUCUUUCAAUAUCAUAAUCUGCACACAGGUAGGAUAACAGGAGGGAUCGCAAGUUCUAAUCUAAAUCAGAGACCAGUUCACUUCCGACACGUGGCACAUUGUCCCCACGUGUGACCACAUCAGGUGGGACUCCAAGAGUGAAAGUACUACCCAUCGGACUCUACUUGUGGACUCUGUAUCCAUCUUCUGUUCUUUCAAAGUGUGCUCUUAACCAAGGUUGCUAGUAGGCUCUAUUCUAUGUAAUACAAUAUUAUAUGUUCAAUACUGUACAUUGCUCAGAAAAUACAAAUGGCUCAACAACUCAGUACUUAGAGAAAAAUGACAAUAUUUAUAAUUAAGUUAUAUAUUGUACAUAAAAAGAAAACAAAACAUAGUUUGCAUUUUGAAUUUUAUUCUGUUAUCCCUGCCUCUGUGUCACACUGCAAGUCAUACGGAUGUGGAAAACCGACCGGUGCGAGGAACAAGGGACACAGACAAACUUUGACUGAUGAAGUUACCUCUGUUGUGUCAAAAUAAAAAGGAUUUUGCUAUAAUAUAAUGCAAUUGAAUGUCUCAACCUGCAGAUUAUUUUUUGAUAGAUUAGUUAGAAAAUGAUAAAGUUAUCAUUCCCACUUCCCCAGCAACAUCUUCACAACAUCUUUUGUUCUAUCAGCAAACCAAAAGAUCUUCAGGAGCUUACAAAAAAAGCAGAAGAGCAACAAAUCUUCACCCUCUUUUAAAUGAUAUCAGUCGAUAAUCAGAGUAAUUAAAUAUGUAUUGUCUGUCAGGCAGUAAUAGCAAAUUAUUUUGGCUGCAACUCGUCUUUCACUCAGUGAUGCUGGUCAGUGGUGAGUAGAGUGUCCUGUGUUGGGUGCUUUUAUCAAAUGGCACAAAAAUAAAAAUCAAAGUUUGCCUCUGUCCCUCCUCCGUGUGAGCGAUGGUGGAAAGUACUCAGCGACUAAAAGCAAGCAAAUGCAUACACAACCACUGUUACCAACCUUUCCCUUUCUUCUGCAUUGUUUUUAUGAUUUCUUUUAAAUCAUAAUGCAUUUUUAUUCAGCCACUUCUGCACUAAAAAUGCCUGACAAGGUCUUAACUAAGGGUGCACUUUAUGUAUUUUACUUACUUUGUUGUUACGAUUGUUGCAUUGGGAGUAAGUGAAAGUGGGCGUGUGAUCGGUCAGAUCUCUGAUCAGUGCUAACCAGACUACAACAGACACUUAUUAUGUGAUUUGCAAUGCAGUGGUGAAUGACAAUGUUCAGAAUCUGGGAUGAUAUAUAGACUUUCUAGCACAAGUAGUAUGUAUUGGCUCAGAUAUUUCACUCUGUCCAGCUCGGGUUUGUUAGAUAAGCAAGUCUGCUUAGAGAGGCAAAUCAUAUUUAAGUAACUCCACCUCAUAAAAAUAUAUUCCUCUAACUCUAAAUCACUGGUUUUGACACCAUGUCCACUGGCACACGUCUUCUAAAGAAGUCAAACCUACUGCAACAACAACAAAAGACUGAGAUUUUAGUAUCCAGGAGCUCUGUAAUUUGGAGUUUGAGUCAUAGAGAUGAUGAAUAAUGAAAAUAUUCAAGUAAUUUAUAUAUGUGGGAAUGAUUAUAGACUAUUUGUCUGUAACAUUUUAUUUGGGAUGUCUGAUAAAGAAUAAAUGGAGACAGUUGUCCUCAGUUUCACCUGCUACUGGAGAGAAGCCCUACUUAACUUUACAGAAAUGAAGGUAUAAACUGUAUUAUACUUAAUUUAAACAGGACUUUUUAAGCUGAGGUUAUUUGAGGGUGUAUGGUUUCAAGCUAUCUGUGUAUAUUAGUUCGCUGUAAAUAGUCUGAUGCAUGUUCUAUUCUUUCCAUGACCUCAAGCAGAAACAUGUAUAGCAGUGUCUCUGGUGUGUGUGGUACAACGUUUGGAUUAAGAUGAGGAGACUGCUAUCCCCCGAACUUAUCCUUGUCAUUUUCCCUCAACCACGCCAGACAAAAAAGUUCUUUUUAUUUUAUUUUAACAUAUUUGCUUGCUGAGCAGAGUUCUCUUGUCUGUAAAUGUGAGCUUUCAGAUCGCUGUGAAGUUUAAUUAAAAACAAUAAAAAAGAAUGUGUUUUUAUCUCAUGAUAACUGAUUGUAAUCUGUACAGUCGAACAUAUGUAUUGGAAAAAAGGAGAACAUAUUUAUAAAUGGUUACCAACUGAAA